GGAAGCUUCCCGAGGAAGCUGUACCGCGAUUCUAGGCCGCCAACAGAUCGCCAGCAGCAGGUCAGUGCAUCAAUGAAUGGAUGGAUGGAUGGAUGGAUGGAUUAUCAAGAUAGACUCACUCGCCGACGUCUGCGUGUCUGCGGUGUUUGCAGGUGUGGAUCGGUCAUCAGCGAACAUCACGGCUCUUGCGGGACAUUGCGAUACCAGGUGCAAAAAAGUACGAUUUGUUUGAGAGCACCUGGUCGCAUGCCCAAUGUCCGUCUAUAUUGCCAUUGCUCCUCAGGCCACCCACUCCUGACGCCGAGCAGCAGCUGUCCAGAGAUCGCUAUCCCCCUUCUAGCAUUCGAGGAGAGAACGAGCAUGGAGGUGCUUACCGUCGACAACAAUCUCGAGGAGCUCAGACAGCGGGCGAAUGGGGCGACCUUCAGCGUACGACCACUGCCCGGCCACGGUCUGGCAUUCAUGUGGCCGCCGCACCCUCGGCGCGGCAGCAUGAUCGUCGCUGGCCUUGUCUAUGGUCGCGUGGACCGACAGCCGCAUGUCGUUCUUCCCCCACUGCACCACUCGCCGUUCCUUCGGCCUCACGCACCCAUUGGCGCCCCGCCGCCUCAUGCCGGGCCACGGACGAGUGACGGCAGAGCCAUGCGGCCUCCCAUGAUGCGUUUGUUGGGAUGGACAGUGGGCCAAGAGAGAGGAGGGUCCGACGGCAGAGUGGAGACAAGGGACAGAGGGGACUGAUUGGGAAUAACGGGCGGUCCGAAUUAGCGGCGUCGGUGAUAUCUGGCGAUCCUGCGCCUCGCCCGCUUCUCAUCCUGCAGUCGUCUGGUGGUCGACCUCGCACUCGGUGGGGCAAGAAGUGCACACGCACGCGGCAUCCCAUCCCGCUCCCCAUCCUAUUGUGUCUGCCUGUGUGCCACAGCCCCUCAGGCUUGACCAGCUAGUUCAUGUUUCUUGGUGCUGCCGCGCCUGAUCCCUGGCCACGACAGCGAUAACGCCAUCAGCAACGGAUGAGCGAUGUGGGGGGAGAGUUUUCUUCUCGUCCCUCGUAUGUUUGGCUGGGUAAAGGAAUAUGGAUUCUGCGUGAGCUUGUUUGUCUUGUGGUGUAUACGGCUGUGCGGUACUGGGCUACCUGAAUCAUGUCGUCUGAAAGUGAAAUCAACAUUCAUUUGCAUCGAUCUCCCUUCCAGACGAGUCAACGCCUCCAUUCACCACACAUGCAUACAUACACUCACGCGGGAGGGAGGGGACCGGUUGGAACCUUCGCUUGUCUUUCUUUGUGCUGUCUAUCUGUCUGUCUGUCUGUCUGUCUUGUGUUCUUGUCUACAACGUGUGUCGAAAAUGCGUCGAGGGACAUGACAUGAUGGGUGUAGGGUGAAGUGAUUGACUCGUCGAGGGCUGACAGUCACUGUGACGCUCAGAUGACGAUGGUCAAGAGGUGAAUAGUGAAGACACUGCAGAGAAGCUGGAUGAACGAAUGAACGAAAUGUUUGUGUGUGUGUGUAUACACAUGAUCGAUGUGUACACAUGUCUUUGUUCGUCCGUCAUUGCAGAUUGCUUAAGACCCCUCACUGCGGGUCAUUGCUGUUUGUCUGGGUUGCAAUUGCAAGAAGCAGGACGCCUCUGAGAUGACCAUGAAGGGCCUGCUGUUGGCUCUCAUCGUCCUCUUGGCUGUGAUUCGCAACGUCAGAUCUGACUUGCCUGUCCACUGCCUAACCAGCGACGUUGCUGGUCUCUGGCGGUUCUGCCUUGACAGAGACAGAGACGUCCAGCUGCCUCGCUGUGGGAGCGACGUGAGUGAAUGACUGAGAGGAUUCACCAAUGAGAGAGACACAAUGCCGCAUCUCUCUGUGUGCAGACUCCCAACACCAAUCUGGGCAAUCUGCGCCUGUCGGUGAGUCAACAUAUGAAUGAGAGGACCAGAGACAUGCACUUGCUAGCCUAUUUUCUCCUCUGUGUGUGUGCAGAAUCACUCGUCGUGGCUCGAGGCGAACCGUGGCGGCGUGGGUGAGUGCGUCACUGUACACCUGACAACAGACGAGGCGGCUGACGGAACGAGCGGCCGUGAGGACUGGAAGCGGCUGGUGGUGAGGGAUGGCGACAAGACGAGCGGUGACAUCGGCAGAUGGACAAUGGUCUACGACGAGGUCAGCCGAAUGAAUGGAUGAAUGGAUGGAUGGAUGGUCAUCAAUCUCAUGUCUCCGUGGAUGUCGUUUAUCAGGGUUUUGAGGUGCGUCUCGACAAUGGCCGAGUGCUGUUCGCCUUCAGCCACUAUGCACCCACGUCUGAAGCCAACUGCCCUCCGCCGCACAACGGACAAGGUACUUAACCAGCCAACCAGCCAGUUGGCCGUUGACACACACGUGCAUCUCCCAUGUGUGUGUUUCCAUCUCACAGGUGAAGACAAUCACGGCAGAAGUCAGUGCUACGUCUCCCAAUGUCACAGGACACAGGUCACACAUGCAACACGAGCACACCCACCCACACACAAACACGACUAGUGUGUGUUGUGUUAUUGCACAGAUCGGCUGGCACAGUGACGCGUCUGAGUAUGGCUGCUUCGUCGGGUCCAAGCUCAGCAGCCGCACUCCCCGCCCACCUCGCACCACAAACUAUGUGCGCCACAUCGCCCCCUCAGCCGACAGCACACAACCAGACAGUGAGGGCGACGCCAACACGCCCACAACAACAACGACAGCACUCGACACCGGCGUGUGUGCCUCCCGCCGGCCCAUGUUCGUGAGGUACCACCACCACCCGCCCAGUGACGACGUCAUCCCGUCCUCGUCUGCCGUGCGGUUCGCCGGCAAACCCGGCCGCCGACCCACCAUUGGCUCCGUGCUGCGGCGAAGCGGUGGGGUGUCCUUCCUGCAGUCACGUGCGCUCUUUGCCAGCAACUUCCCCUGCCCGUCGGCUGCCACCUCGACACCACCCACGACAGAGACGCGAGGCGGCCAGCACGAGCUGCCGGCGAGUUUCAGCUGGGAGGGCGAGCUCGGCAGGGACGAUGUCAUCAACCAACAAGACUGCGGCAGCUGUUACGCCAUCGCAUGCGCAUACGCCCUACAGAGCCGCUUCCGUAUCGAGCUGAGCCGCCGUGGUGUGCGUGACGUGCCGGUGCAAUUGUCUGCCCAGUCAGUGCUGAGCUGUUCGCCAUACAACCAAGGCUGCGACGGGGGAUACCCAUUCCUCGUCGGCAAGGUCAGUCAGUCCCCUUUGCUCACUGACAUCCACUCGCUCAUUAUUGUUGUUGUGUGUAUGUGUCGAGCAGCACGCGUCAGAGGUGUGUCUGCAGGAGGAGAAGUGUCUGGGCUACGCCGCCACCCACACGAGCGUCGCCUGCCCCACCUCUCACACGCCACUCAGCGACGACUGCCGAUCGCUGUGGUUCGCCAAGUCAUACUCGUACGUCGGUAAGCAAGAGAGCAAAGCCGUCCACACAUCACACACAGAUCGGUGGAUGUGGCUCUUUCUUGUUUGUUGAGGUGGGUUCUACGAGCACUCGAGUGAGGAUCGCAUCAAGGCAGAGGUGUUCCACCGCGGCCCAGUCGUGAUUGCCAUCAACGCGCCAAAGGCCCUCUCUGAGUACCGGCAGACGUCGGCAGUGUUCGACCGGCCGCCGAGUUUGGCCGAGGACGGCGGCAACUACGGCGUGUGUGACGUCGACAAGAAGGGAUGGAAUGGAUGGCAAUACACUGACGUACGCAAAAAGACAAUGCACACACACACAGACACACUUGUGUGACGACGUGUGUGUAUGUGUGUGUGUGUGCUGCUGAUAGCAUGCUGUUGUGGUUGUUGGCUGGGGGGAGACGACUCCAGCAGCACACACCAACAGCAGCAGCUGCCACAAGUGUAUGGCACCCACAGCAACACACUGGGUGCUUGUGUGUACUGUGUGUGUCUCUCUGGCGCAUCCUUUCACACAGAUUGGAUCGUUCGCAACUCGUGGGGCCCUCAGUGGGGUGACAGCGGUUACUUCAAAAUGUGCCGCGGAAAGAACCUCGGUCCGUCCGCCACACACACACACAACCACACACACACACACACGUGUGUGUGUGUGUGUGUGUGUGUGUGCAGCUGGUGUUGAGUCGCAGGCCGUGGUGAUCGAUCCCGAGCUCACCAGAGGCCGCGCCGCACAAAGUACACACACACAGCCGCCUGGUUCACACUCACACCCACACUCACUCUCACUGCAUGGGUGUCUCUGUGUUUGUCAGUUCUUGCUGAGCGUGGUCUGGCCGAGACGAACAGCAGCAGCAGCACAGAGCAGGCCAGAGGCACGACAAGGCAAGUCAGCAUCGGCUCGCGCGGGCAGAUCAAUUGACCGAUCCAUACGCUGACGGACUGACUGAUCAUGAGUGCAUGACAUACAUCCAGAGAGCGGCUGCACCCAUGAAUGUGUAAGUGAUUGAUGAGAUGAAUGGCCAUCGACACACGCAAUACUAGCUAAUGAAUAGGGCGGGUGUCGCUGUAGAUACUUGUGUCUCGCGUGUUUCAGUGGCCAUUCAACCAUAUUUGUGUCUCUU